CCGGAGCCCAGCGCAGCCCGCGGCACCCGGCGGGGACGGCAGCAGUGAGCAUGCAGAGUCCCGAGGCUGGAUCAGACUCAGCAGCUCCCGUGGCGCUUCACCCGUCGGCCCCGGCGCAGGCUCCGGUGGUGCAGGCAGUGCCAGCCUCGCAGCAGAGGGUUUUGGUCCAGGCCACAGGCUCCGCUCCCAAAGGGGCGCAGAUGCAGCAAAUCUCUGUUCCCAGAGUCCAGCAGGUUCCACAGCAGGUGCAGUCUGUGCAGCACGUUUAUCCAGCCCAGGUGCAGUAUGUGGAAGGAGGAGAAGCUGUUUACACCAAUGGAACCAUACGAGCUGCCUACUCGUACAGCAGCGAGGCGCAGAUUUACGCUCCCGCCGGCGCCGCGCCCUACUUCGAGUCGCAGGGAGGAGGAGGAGGAGGAGGAGCUCAGGUGACUACAGCGGCAUCCUCUCCUACAGCCAUUCCCUCUCACAACAUGGUGGGCAUCACCAUGGACAUUGGGGGAAGUCAGAUCCUCUCCGGCUCGGGAGCCUAUCUCAUUCAUGGGGGGCUGGAGAACUCUAGACAUUCUCUGUCACACACCUCACGCUCCUCUCCAGCAACGCUUGAAAUGGCGAUUGAAAACCUACAAAAAAAUGAAGGGAUUACAUCACACAAAAGCAGUUUGCUCAACAGCCAUCUGCAGUGGCUGCUGGAUAACUACGAGACAGCAGAAGGUGUGAGCCUGCCCAGGAGCUCCCUGUACAACCAUUACCUGCGGCACUGCCAGGAGCACAAACUGGACCCCGUCAACGCCGCCUCCUUCGGGAAGCUCAUCCGCUCCGUCUUCAUGGGGCUGAGGACUCGGCGCCUGGGCACCAGGGGAAAUUCCAAAUAUCACUACUACGGGAUCCGCCUGAAGCCCGAGUCGCCGCUGAACCGCCUGCAGGAGGACACCCAGUACAUGGCCAUGAGGCAGCAGCCCAUCCACCAGAAACAAAGGUACAGAGCAGCCCAGAAGAUGGAUGGGAUGGCAGAGAGUGCAUCCAACAGCACCCCCCACACCACGCCCGAGCAGUCCGUGGCUGCUCAGAGCCAGCACCACCAGCAGUUCAUAGAUGUAACCCAUGUCUUUCCUGAGUUCCCAGCCCCUGAUCUUGGCAAUGUCCUCUUACAAGAAGGUUUCACCUUGAACGACGUGAAAACUCUGCAGGUUCUCUACAGGAGACACUGUGAGGCCACUUUGGAUGUGGUGAUGAAUCUCCAGUUCCAGUACAUCGAGAAGCUGUGGCAAUCCUUCUGGAGUCCCAAGGCACCCCCUAGUGAUGGCCCCACUGCUCUGCCUUCCAGUGAAGAGGAACCCGAGGGGACCCUCCCAAAGGACAAACUGAUCACCCUGUGCAAGUAUGAGCCCAUCCUCAAGUGGAUGAGGAGCUGUGACCACAUCCUGUACCAGGCCCUGGUGGAGAUCCUGAUCCCUGACGUGCUCAGGCCAGUGCCCAGCACACUGACACAGGCCAUCCGGAACUUUGCCAAGAGUUUGGAGGGGUGGCUGAUGAAUGCCAUGAGUGAUUUCCCCCCUCAGGUCGUGCAGACCAAGGUGGGGGUGGUGAGUGCCUUUGCCCAGACCCUGCGCAGGUACACGUCCCUGAACCACCUGGCGCAGGCGGCGCGCGCCGUGCUGCAGAACACGUCCCAGAUCAACCAGAUGCUCAGCGACCUCAACCGCGUGGACUUCGCCAACGUGCAGGAGCAGGCCUCGUGGGUGUGCCAGUGUGAGGAGGGCAUGGUACAGAAGCUGGAGCAGGAUUUCAAGCUGACUCUGCAGCAGCAGAGCUCUCUGGACCAGUGGGCCAGCUGGCUGGACAAUGUGGUCACUCAAGUGCUGAAGCAUCACGAGGGCAGCCCCAGCUUCCCCAAGGCAGCCAGGCAGUUCCUGUUGAAGUGGUCCUUCUACAGCUCCAUGGUGAUCCGGGACCUCACCCUGCGCAGCGCCGCCAGCUUUGGCUCCUUCCACCUGAUCCGCCUGCUCUACGACGAGUACAUGUUCUACCUGGUGGAGCAUCGUGUGGCCCAGGCUACAGGGGAGACCCCAAUUGCUGUCAUGGGAGAGUUUGGCGACCUCACAUCCCUGUCCCCGACCCUGCUGGACAAAGAUGACAUCAGCGAGCUGAGCACCGAGGUGGACGCGGAGCGAGCGCUGGGGGAGCCGCUGGUGAAACGGGAGCGCUGCGAGCCCGGUCACUCCCUGCAGGACAUCUGAGCCCGGACCGGCUUCUCCCAGCUGGACCGAGCCACUCCCUGCAGGACAUCUGAGCCCGGACCGGCUUCUCCCAGCUGGACCGAGCCACUCCCUGCAGGACAUCUGAGCCCGGACCGGCUUCUCCCAGCUGGACCGAGCCAUCCGGAGCCAGGCUGGGCUCAGCCAGCCUGGGCCCCCCGAGCUGCGUUAUUAUAGUGCCUCUUAGUUUCUCUUUAUGUUUACUUGUGUUUGAGGAUGGGCUGAGCCGGGGCAGGCGCUGGCACGGCGCUGGUUUGGCCACCAGUGCCCCUCCAGAGUGGAGCUCCAGGGUGUGCUCCCAAGGGAUGGGAGCCUCUGUGGCCAGCAGCAGGUGGGAUGUGCCUGGCUGGGAGAACCUGUCCUCGCUCUGCAGCCGGAGCCAGGCACACAAACGAGGCUUUCUCUGGCAGGGAAGGUGCUUUGGGUUCCUUCCCCACGUCUCAGACUUCACUGUGAUACAAACUUGAACCAAUCAGUGCCCAAGAAGAAGGAAGAAUACCCGGCCCUUCUCCUCCAGCCUUUCCAGACAAGCUGUCCUGGCUCUGGCUCUGGCUCUGCCAAAUCUCUUGCACCAAGGAGCACAGGACAGCUGGUGUCCCCUGUCCCCACCCGGGGAGAGGCUCCAGGCUGCACAUCCCAGCGGACACAGCCGUGCUCUGGGACUAUGGGAUGAGCAUUCCCACCUGCUUCCAUGUCUCCCCAGCUUGGCACUUCACCCCAAUGCUCCUGGGAUGCCAUCAGGCCAACUCAAGAUACCAAAGGACUCCGAGGCAGUGGCAGCUGGAGGCAGAGCGUGUUCCUUGUCCCCAUGCCACAAUGCCUGGGGACAAUCCUGUGGCAAUCCCGUGGCAAUCCCAUGGAAUCCCCAUCCUCCACGGUGCCCAGGCAGACAGGAACUGGUCCCACAUCCAGGGGUUUGUGAAAUUCCCACUCCAUGUCCUGCUCUGAGGUUGAAGGGGGGUCCGGAGCAGGGGCGAGGGUGUGUGACCGCAGUGCCUUAGGGUGGGCCUUGUUCCCAUUUCCCCUGCUCCAGGGGGCCAGCAGAGCUCAGACCAGCCCAGCACAGCUCAGACCGGCCCAGCACAGCUCAGACUGGCCCAUCCCAGGUAGGAUGGGGCUGGCACAGACCCCGGGGGCUCAGCACUCCAAUGGCAUUUCCCCCUCUGGAUCCUUUGCCUUUUCCUGCAGUGACAGAGCAGGGGUGGCUCCAUGGGGCUGAGCUGGGGGAGCUCAGCAAGGUUUGUCCCCCUGUCCCCUGUCCUGUGGGGUCUGUGCUGACAUGGAUUGCCCUGGGAUGCUGUGGACUACACUGGGGUGCUGUGGGCUACAGGGCAGAGGUUGGGGGGGAAUGUGUCAUCAAGCUAAACUGCAAAAAGAAAGCCCUGGGGCAAAUCUCUCUGUGAAUAAAGGCUGUGUCAUAAAUAGCUUUUAUUAUUAUGUUUUCUAAUGAUGCAAGUGUUUGGUGUGAGCUUUUCCAGGGGUCUCAUGUACAUUUGCCUAGCAGAGUAUAUUCUAUCCAAAUCUCUGAUUUUCUUCCCAGUGGCACUAAGGCAGCUGUGACACCUUCAAACACGUUCCUAAUGACAAAUGAAAUGACAGUGUGCAGUGGCACAUCUUCCCUCUGUCCCAUGCUGUGCCAGGGUGAUGUUUGUCUGCAAAUGUCUCACAUGGAGGUGGCAGGAGAGGAGUGAGAGAGGCAGAUUUAAAUGUACAUAACCAUGAAAACUCCCUGGGUCAGAGUCCACAUUUGGGAUCCUGCUGAUGAGAUAAGAGAGUCUAAAUACACAACUGAGCACCCAAAUCUUAACUGUCCUACUCCCACUGAGGGCCAUAGAAGUUCAGCUCUUCCUCUGAGGGAACCAUCGUGCAAAGGAGAUGCUCUGGAGCUCUGCAGCAGCGUGUGGGGAGGCUGGAAAAGCACCCAAACCCCCUUGCACAGAAUUCCCAGCUAAACCUGAACAGCAAUAAACGUGUAUCCAAUGCUCAGGCCUCCACAAGGAGUGUCGUGGUCCCGUUUCUUCUGAGAUCCCUGAGAGGUGCCAGGAGAUGCUGCAGCAGCCUCAGGGGGAUGCAGGAGCUGCCCAGGGCAGGGUAAUUAAAGCAGUUUUGGGCAGGAAGGCAGAUUCCCCCUAGGGCAGCAGUUGUGUGUAGGGAUAACCCCAUCACAGCCAGGCUCAGAGGGGAGGAGAGGCUGAAGGAUCAGACUGAGCACAGGGCCACAGGAGGAUUUUCU